AGUACAGAAAAUAGCCUGACCCGCUCAGCACUUCACGUUCAGAUUUCGGUGUUUUAUAGUGCGCAUUAAUGAAUACGUCUUCUUAGACUAUGCUGAACUGGAGGACUCGCUAACGUACGAUUGACGUAUUUCCCAUUGUCGUUUAAAUGUUGACAGUUUAGCAGCCGACUAAACAACAGUCGUGCUGACCAGCAGUUUACUGUAAAAGUGUUGUAACACCUAUAAGCUAAUAGUGCUCUUUUUAAUAGUACUUUGUACAUCUUCGUGACGCUCCCGAUCAUCCGGAGGGUUAGAUUCAAACACUGGAGAAUCUCCCUGAAAGUUACCAACAAGUUGUGCUGACCGUGGAGGUUAUCGGGUGAAAGGUGACAUCGCUUCAGGCUGUUGACUUAAAGAAUGCACAAUGCGGCGAGUGUCUCAGCCUCUCUGGGUUCCAUGGGACUGCUGCGUCUCAUCGGGGUGUCCUGGUCCUGGAGCCUGGCAGCUGGCCUUGGGGUAUAUCUGGGCACAAAAAGCUGGAAAUACUUCUACAUUGCAGCACGCACUGCCAAAAGAGACCUAAAUGGCCUGUAUGUACUGUUGAGGGUGAAGAUGGCUCUUUGGCGAUAUGUGCGCAAUGGAAGUAACAUUCCUUCCAUAUUCGCCCAGACAGUCAAACUACACCCAAAUAAACCAGCACUGAUCUAUGAAGCCACCGGAGAGAUGUGGACCUUCACCCAGCUGGACGAGCAGUCCAAUGCAGUCGCCCAUUGGGCAAGAAGUCAGGGAUGGGUCUCUGGGGAUGUGGUGGCCCUCUUCAUGGAAAGCAGGCCGUUACAGGUGGCGCUAUGGCUUGGCUUAUCAAAGGUUGGGGUGGAAGCUGCUCUCAUCAACUUCAACCUCCGCCAUGAUUCCCUCCUGCACUGCGUCGGAGUGUCAGGGUCAAGGGCCAUCGUGUUUGGAGCUGAGCUUGCUGAUGCCAUGUUGGAGGUCAGUUCGUCCUUCAGCCAGUCCAUGGUACGAUUCUGUACAGGAGACCUCAGUGCCGAACAUCUGGCCCGUCUGGACGCUCGACCUCUGGAUCCAGUUUUGGCCUCUUCAUCCAGACAUCCUCCCUCACCUUGUGUUCCCUCAAAAGGGAUGAAUGAUCGUCUGUUUUAUAUUUACACCUCUGGCACCACAGGGCUGCCCAAGGCUGCCAUUGUGGUUCACAGUCGUUACUACAGAAUCGCUGCUUUUGGGUUUUUUGCCUUUGGCAUGCGCAAGAAUGACAUCAUCUAUGACUGUCUGCCUCUCUAUCACUCAGCAGGUGGUAUCAUGGGAGUGGGUCAGUGUCUGAUCCACGGCCUCACUGUAGUGGUGAAGAAGAAAUUCUCUGCCAGCCGCUUCUGGGAAGAUUGCAUUAAGCACAAUUGCACUGUCGUUCAGUACAUCGGGGAAAUCUGCCGCUACCUUUUGUCUCAGCCUGUACGGCCGUCUGAAAAAGGCCACAAAGUUCGACUGGCAGUGGGAAACGGGUUGCGCCCCAGUGUGUGGGAGGCGUUCACAGAAAGAUUCGGGGUGAAACAGAUUGGCGAGUUCUACGGAGCAACUGAGUGCAACUGUAGCAUUGCCAACAUGGAUGGAAAGGUGGGAGCAUGUGGAUUCAACAGUCGCAUUCUCCCCAACGUGUACCCAAUCCGUCUGGUGAGGGUGGACGAGGACAGCAUGGAGCUGGUUCGCGACAGCCGGGGCCUCUGUAUGCCUUGUCGCCCUGGGGAGCCAGGGCUUCUGGUUGGUCGUAUUAACCAGGAGGACCCGUUAAGGCGUUUUGAUGGCUAUGCUAACCAGGAUGCUACCAGGAAGAAGAUCGCUAACAACGUCUUUAAGAAAAAUGAUUCUGCAUAUAUAUCAGGUGAUGUGUUGGUGAUGGAUGACCUGGGCUACAUGUACUUCCGUGACCGUGGCGGGGAUACAUUCCGCUGGAGAGGAGAAAAUGUCUCAACCACUGAGGUAGAGGGAGUACUCAGCGGGCUCCUGGAUCAGACUGAUGUUGCUGUGUAUGGUGUGGCCGUGCCAGGUGUGGAAGGUAAGGCAGGCAUGGCUUCCAUCGCAGACACCACAGGGACUUUUGACUUUGAUGGUUUCCUGCAGAGUGUCCAACGAGCUCUUCCUCCGUAUGCUCGCCCGGUGUUCCUGCGAAUCUCGCCACAUGUAGACACCACAGGUACAUUCAAAAUCCAGAAAACCAGGCUGCAGAGGGAGGGAUACGACCCACGCCUCACCACGGACCAGAUCUACUUUUUGAACAAUCGCGCUGCGCGUUAUGAGGUUGUAGAUGAGGAGCUAUACAGUGCUUUAGCAGAGGGGAGAAUGUCUCUAUGACAUGGAGGCUAGCGCAUUGCAUUCCAGUUAAGAGAGGAUAACACAUGAAUAAGCUGAUGUUUGGAUCAGUCAGUCACGGUGCACCAGCUGCCUGCUUUUGAACAGUUCAGGGACCAGAGUUGAGAUGACUACUUACCUAGGCAGAGCAUUGUUAAAGAUGAAGUUUUAACACUGUAUGAGUAACACACCGGGACGUAAUGUGAAGACAUUUAUUCUUUGUAAUAACUUCUUUUUUUAACUGAUAUACGAACACCUCAAAAAGCCUUUGAGCAUCACCGCACAUAAAGUGGGUUUUUCUCACAACCCAUUUGAAACAGCAAACAUAUUACAAUAAGUUGGUAAGGACAGUAAGGGACAGUAUCAAGUAAAACUGUUACAGGGGAUAACCCAUGUAUGACUUACGCUGCAGGAAUAUCCACAAAGGUUGAAGCAAUACUUUAGUGUGAAGCUAUGGAGUUACUGCAGUUUUUUGGAUGUGGCUAAAAGACCCAAUUUGAACAUGCAGUAAAUGUGGCUACUAGGUCAAACACUAACCGUAGAGUCUUUUUUUUAUACAAUUGAAAACUAAUCUAACUUGUCAUAUCUGAGCCUCUGACUAACCGUGUCCCAGGUGUUCAGAAACAUGAAAACUGUUACUGUAUGUGCCUUACAUAAAGCUAAAAAUCUGUGUUUCAUUUUUAUUUUUAGAGAGAAGCUCAAACGAUUGUGGAAGUAGGGAUUUUGUCUCAUGCAAAGCUGAGUCACAUAUAGUGACUGCCAUUUUCUGUAAUAAAUUUAAAUAUUGUCUGAGUUGUAAUAUAUAGAUGUUAAAGGGUGUGAAGCUAUUCACAAUUUCUGAUCCCCCAGAUUAAAUUUUUUGUUGUAACUCAAAUUAAAUAUUUUAAAACACA